AUGUUUGCAUUAAAAAGAGUUGCACUUCAAACCACUUCCAGAAGAUUAUUGUCCUCCACCUUAAUCAGAAGAAAUGUUAUUCAAGACUUAUAUUUGAAAGAAUUAAACAGCGUCAGAUUGCCAGAAAUUAACUUAGCUGAUGCCAACGUCAAACAUUGGUCUCCACCAGUUGCUCCAGUUUUCACUAAUGAAUUGGCCAAUGCUACUGAUGCAAAAACUUUGAAAAGUUAUGAAGAAGAACCAGUUGAAGUUGUUCAAACUAAUGCCGCUGAGGAAGGUGCCGAUGCUUCCACUGCUGCUGAAGAAGACUGGUUGGUUUUAGAAGAAGAACCUGAAGAGGAACACCAUUAA